UUCUUUAUAGAAUUUGUAAGUCAGUGAAAUUUGUAAAAACGAAAAUGACAUUGAGAGCUAUAACGUGUUUGACUUUACUCAUCAACUUGGUGAUAUUUUGUGCAAGUGAAGGGUAAGUUUGUUAAUUGACCAUAAGAUUGACGCCAGUUUACAGCAGACCUCUGAUUGCAAACAGAAUACUUCAAAUAGUUGGGGCAAUUUGCGAAUUAAAACUGAAGUUGAUGAUUAAAUUUAGCCAAUUCGUUGUGGAAAACGUGUAGAACUUAUCUUCAAAUACGAUUCGAAGUAGUUGUUGUUUGCGGUUAGCGGUCUAUGUACAGCCAGUGACGUACGCAGGAUUUUUUCACUGGGGGGGGGGGACAGUAAGACCAUAUUUUCCCCAAAAAUGUUGGCGAGCGGGGCGGGGGAGUAAAAAAUGUUUCCGAACAUAAAAAAAGAGUAAAAAAAUUUGCCGGACAAGCACCAGUUAAAUUAAGACCCGUUUUCAUUUCGUAAAAGCCGUUUUUUUCGCCAAAAGUCUGUAAAAUUUAGGUCUGGAAAUCAGUUUAGGUCUGGAAAAAGUCACAAAUACCCAAAGAAUAAUUAAUGUCAUUUCCAAAAAUCGUAAAUACAGUAUUUUUCUCUGGGGGCGAUUUUGCUACUACUUUACUAGAUCUAGUGCUCAAUAUUGUCAUAGCUGUUUCCUUGAUACAUUUUUAUAUCAUGUUCAUGUUAUAGCGCCGCCGUGCCAUGGCUAGACGAUAAGAGGGGGUAAGGAGUAAUUUUAUUUAUUCAAUUUUCGCCUGCUCGGGCGUUUGCAUCGUCACUGCAAAAAAUCUAGUCCAUGCUAAUUUUUCUAGUUGUCGUCUAAAAUAAUUUUACCAGAAUUGAACGCCCUACUUGUGAACGUCACGGCAAAUGAUCACAGCCGUUAAGCCCGGAUGAAACAAAGAUAAGAGUGCAUGCGAGUUGGUUAUAGCUAGUGUCCUUAACGUCGAUCGCUUUCCCAGUAUAAGCGUUCAAAAAAUUAAUAUUCGAAAACAACUAGUGUAGCGCUGGUAUACGCAAGUCGCUUUCGACCGCUUCGGUUGUAACAUCAAAUGUGUGUCGGACAUAUGUUGAUAUGACAUGGCUCAGCCUCAGAUAUCAGUGAAUUAAUAUCAUUAGCCAGAGCUAGACCUACGUUUAUACGCUAGUACUCGUAGGCACGGCUCGUAAGCUCGCUGCGAGCAGUUUAAUUUUCUUAACUUAUAAACGUCAAUCUUAAGGUCUAGCUAUAGCUCUAAUAAUAUAAUUCAUUGAUAUCUGAGGAGCCAUGUAAUAUCAACAUGUCCGACCUACAUUUGAUGUCACAGCUCCGAAGCAGUCGUAAGCGGGUUGCGUAUAAGAGGGUCCUGAAGGGGGGGUCCCAAUCCCAUUUCCCACCCGAAAUUUUGGCAAAAUCCCAGUCCCAGUUGGAUUUUUAUUAGAAAUCCCAAUCCUAGUUAUUGAAAUCCCAGUCAAUAAAAACCCCUUUAUUUAUCGGUAGAAUAAACAGCUUUAAGACCUUUUAAGCAAGUGGCGGACACUUUAUGAAAUAUUAGGGGGGCUCGUGUCGAAGGCACGGAAAAUUUUUAAAUUUGAAUCCCGGAAAUGGCAUUUGCAGCAUUCUGAGACACGCAUAAUUAGAAAACCGAGUAUGCCUGUUCGCAGGUAGUGCUGUGAAUAAUAUAGUUAACAACAAAAAUCAUGACUAAAGACACCAAAAACGGAUCAAAAUUGUAUUUUAAAAUACUCAAAACGCAGAAAAAUUGGGAAUCGACUCGCAUUACCUCAAUCCCAUUCCCAUUUUUGAGGACUUCAUUUCCCAUUCCCAGUGGCCAAAUCCCAGUCCCAGCAACCCAAAUCCCAUUUUCCCAGUCUAAAUAUAGAUCAAUCCCAGUUCCCAUUUUACCCCUUCAGGGCCUUCGUAUAACGGCGCUACACUAUUUUAACCCUAACUGUGGGGCCCCCGAAUGUGAAUUUUUUUGCAGGGGGAGCACGUUUUCGAUUAAAGUGACUGCAUGUCCAAUAUUCCACCUUGCCCCUACUAAUAAUUCGAAAUUUGCGCUGCGCUUUCGUAUCAAGUGAGUGAAUUGGUAUGGUUUUUAAAAUGGAAUAUAAGGCACCCCAAUAAAAUGCUUGGUGGUGGUGCAGGGGAGGUCCCCAACAAAAUCUUGUAGAGGAGUAGUACGCCGACAGCCCCCUACCCCUGUUAUGUAAUAAUUACAUGUGCUCAUAAUUUAUCAUGCAAUCUCAGAGUGUCCUCUAGUGCUCAAAUAUCUUGUCAUAGCUGUUUUGUUGAUACAUUUUUAUAUCAUGUUAUAGCAUUGCAAAAGAUUGUAUACCCGAAGGCGAGAGUUGCAGUUCACAUUCACUACUACCUUGCUGUAUUGGAAUCUGCGUUUAUGGGUUGUGUGAAAUAAUAGUAAUAGGACGAAAGUAAGUAUUAGUUAAACAGGAGCGGAUAUGUUCGUGACUGAUGCUAUGGUACGAAACAGAAGCAUUCUUGGUUGUCUUACUUGCUUAUAGUUUUGGGAUUUGCUUAGGGAUUAUGUACUUGUUAUAGUGUAUAGUAUUUACUCAUAUAACAUGUAAUAAGUAAUAACUAUUAUACUUAAUGUAAUAAACACAAAGGGCUUUGUUAUUGUUAUUGAUAAAUACUUUAAUCUUCA